AUGGGCGAGCCCGAGAGCUUGCUUGCACUGCCUGAAGGCCCUCAGCCUUCGCUCCCCCAUCACGCCCCCGCGCCUGCGCCUGGUCAGCACUGUGUCUCGGCCGCUCAACACCCGACAUCAGCCGCUCAGCCUGCGCCGGCGACUCAAUCUCAACCGCCAGCCCGCGACGCCGGUGCGCGCGACGCGCCAGCUUUCGCAACCCCCCAGCACGCGGUUCCCUCCGCUGCGCUGCCGCGGAUCGACGCUGCGCCCGCCUAUCCACCACCAGCCCACCUGCCCGUUCACCCCGGCAGCAGGCCGCACAGCCGCUCGCCCUCCGCCGCCGGCCUGCAACUCCAGACCGACUUCUCCAAGCUGACCACCGCCUCCAGGGAGCUAUCGCGGACUCCCUCCAUCGUCAACACCCCUGCAGAGGCUUCACAGACCCCGGGAACGGCCCCCAUGGAUAUCCAACAGAACGCCAAAGGCCUCCGCUCCACCCUCUCGGCCGCCAGUCUCACCUCCUCGCUUUCUCCCAGCUCAGCCAUCUCUUCGCCCGCUCUCGGCGCCCUUGCUGACAUCACACCUCUCCCGUCUCCGCUGAUCGUGAGCGAUUCGCCCGGCCCGUGGCGCCGUGCCGCUGCCGCUCCAGGACAAGCACACCGACCGGACUCGCGUGGAUCCGCAGCUGUGUCUCGGGAGGACUCGCUCGCUAUGUUGUCGACCGGCACCCUGUCCCCCUCGAGGACCCCGUCCAGGAAGAACAAGGGAUACUCGGGCCUGAUGACGGCGGCUGUCGAGGCGCACAGCGCCAACGUGCACGCAAUAGAGAAGAACAAAGCGAACCACAGCCGCAACCGGAGUCUGAGCGAGUUCGUGCCCGAGCACCUCGUGAAUACCCGCCCAAGGACCGUCACAAUUUCUGCUGCUAACGCUGGCGCGCAGCCGACCGCUCUGGAGCAGGCAGCCUCGCAGUCGCAGUUGCGGCGCGAGGAAUACCUUGCCGCGCAGCGUGGCCUUGCUCCUGCUCCUGGAGCUGAGCCAACCCGGACGCUCCCGACGCCGCCUCCCAGCAACCGAGGCUCUAUUGAGAGUGAAGAGGAGGAAUUGAAGGAGGAAGAUGCUGGAGUAGAGUAUCUUGUGGUAAGGCACGAUUCCGGAAAGAAAAAGAUCUAUCUUCCACUCCGCCAGCUCGGUCAAGGCGCUUUCAGCAAGGUCCUCCUGGCCACAAGGGAAAAGAUUGCCCCAAAAGCAGUCCUGGACGAAUCGAAACUCAAUCCGAGGAAGCUCGUGGCUAUCAAGGUCGUCGAGCAUGGGCCGGCCGGUGGAGCAGACGAGGCACGCGUGGAAAUGACAUUGAAGCGCGAAGUGGAGGUUCUCCGGUCGAUCUGCCAUCCUUCGCUCAUCCAUCUCAAGGCCUUCGAUUUCGACGAUCAUCGCGCGCUCAUCGUCCUCAACUACUGCCCGGGCGGCGAUCUUUACGAGCUUGCAGACCGGGGACGCGAUGCGUUGACUGCACCUGUCGUGCAGCGUCUCUUCGCAGAACUGGUUGGCGCCGUACGAUACCUACACAGUGAACUCAUCGUCCACCGUGACAUCAAACUUGAGAACGUUCUUCUCAAUGUCCCCGUGUCCACCCUUCGUGAACUCUUGAAUCCUUCGCGUCACCGCACGGCUCUCAUAACCCUCACGGACCUCGGCCUCUGCCGCCGCAUUGACCCCAACAACCCGAAGCUCCAGACUCGUUGCGGAAGUGAAGAUUAUGCUGCUCCUGAGAUCCUUCUUGGCCAAGAGUACGACGGUCGUCUGACCGACGCCUGGGCCCUCGGUGUUGUGCUCUACUCGCUCAUGGAAGGCCGUUUGCCGUUUGACCCCCCACCUGGAAAAGCCCGCGGACGCAGCAGGGCGGUGCACAGAAUCGCACGUUGUGAUUGGAUGUGGUGCCAAUUUGGUGAUGAAGAUGGCGUCUGGGACCCCACGAAGCCUGGUGCCAGCGAGUGGGAAGGCGCACGGUACGUUGUUGAGGGCUUGCUGCAGAAAGUCAGUCGCGGCCGCAAGUCACUCGAUGAGAUCGAGAAGAUGGACUGGGUCGUUGGCGGAAUUGCUAUCGAAGGCGAGCUCCGACGUGCGGACGAGGAUUCGGAUGCGGAUGUUGUGAUGGGUGAUCAGCAAGCAUAG